GACUAGAUGUGGCAGCAAGCACCGUUACCGGCUGAACCGUGUCCCCUCACUUGGGCUCUCACUAUCACUGCACACUCUCUGACCUGCUCGACGUCAGGCCCCCUGAAAGGACUCCUAUUUCCUGAUUGCUCUCCCUCACCUCUUUUUCUGGAUUUUUACCUGCUGAGUUUCUGUACACCUAUUUCCAUAGCUCUGUCAUUUCCUCUUGAUGAUAGCCUAUUCACACCCAGUCUUUCCCCCACUUUUAAAGAAUUCUUACAGUUCUUUGUUUAGGAAGGCAGAAGCUAAGCUAAUGGCCUCUGUGCUGGGCUCCUAAGUCUGGCGUUUCCAGUCACCUGUUUUGCAUUCCCACCUGGAUGUCAAAUACAUAUUUUCGUUUCUGUGUGCUCAUAAUUUGUUUCUUUCCUUAGGAAGCCUCUGUUGCUCCUAUAAACUGUUUCAUUUUUCCGUGCUUAAGGCAAAAAUCUAAGCCUUCCCCUUGACUGAUUUUCUCGAGCUCUCAUUUGCCGAGAAAUCCUGUAUCUUCCACCUCCAGAGUCAUUUCUAGCUCUCCAUUCUUUGCCACUCGAGCCUACCAUCACAGCCUUUUGUCUGUGACCACAUUUUCAUAUGCGCUAACCAGUGCCAAGCCCCCUUCCCUGUGCCCCUACAGUGUUACUGCCUUCGCCGCCUGAUAGAAACCAAGCUGUCUACUGUUCUCCGUAUUCCUUCUCAAUUGUCUGUAGUGAGUAACUGGAAUACUAAUUCCAAAUCACUUAGAAUCUUCUCUUUCUAAACCCCUUUGACUUUCAGUCCCUCUAAAGUAGCCCAGCACUUUCCCUUAAUGUCAUCUUACCUGCCUUUACUUACUAACCUCAGCACUGUUUGUCAAUAGCUUGGAGGCUGCCCCCCCCCCAACUAGAAGUUUAGCUUAGGACCAAGGGAGAGGCUUGGGUUGAAGGAGGAGGUGGACAUUCAACACAUAUUUGUUAAAUCAUUGACUAGACAGAUACUUAAGUGAAUGGUUGAUGUCAAGUUCCUCUGAGGUUCCCUAACCUUUUCGUGUUCACUGGGGUGAUUCAUCUUCAGCCAUAGCUCCUUACGUUAUCCGUCUGUUUUCGUUAAUAAUGAUGAUGACAGAGUGCUUUGGCCGGCUAACAGGAAAAACAAAGGUGAUGAUGCUGGUCCAGUCAGAAUGUCUCCUGGCUGGUGUGGUCAGUUCCUAAACAAAUAAUAUCCGCUCAUCAAUCAUUGUCCUAUUUCUGCCAACCAGAUCGCCCCAGAGGAGUCAUCAAUCAGCUUGGUUCCGAAGAUUGACAACCUCACCCGCUUAGUCUCCUCUUCCCUGUACAGACUCAUACUAAGAGUUUUAAAAAGCCCCAGGUUGCAACAGGGGCUUAGCAGACUCGCAGGCAGAGGGACAGAUUGAGGGGCUCUGGAAAGGGACAGAACAUGAAGGGCCCCAGCAGCCUUGUGAUGACAGCCUUAGCCCUUCUCCUGGUGCUGUCUGUCCUGGGAAACUCCAGCGGUGCUCCGCAGAGACUCUUUGAAAGGAGGAACUGGACCCCCCAAGCUAUGUUGUACCUGAAGGGCGCUCAGGGCCGUCGCUUCAUCUCCGACCAGGGCCGUAGGAAGGAGCUCGCUGACCGGCCGCCUCCAGAAAGACGAAACCCGGAUCUUCAGCUGCUGACUCUCCCAGAGGCUGCAGCCCUGUUGCUGGCUUCCUUGCAGAAACCACAAGAAGACGAAGGAGGGAAUUUUGAUCAAAGCAGAUUCCUGGAAGACAGACUGCUGAAGACAGACUGGUGAAGACGCACCAGAGCACACUCGAGUGUGGUUCUACUCAUGGUGAAAACCAUUGCCACACGUUUAGGGCCCGUGCACCCUUCCUUCCACACCUGUAACCCUAGACACCAGUACCUCUAGGAUUAGUCCUUCAGAAGUAAGACACAUGAGAUUCUGGGCUGGAACAUUGUCAAGUUCUACUGCCUUGGGUUGACAUCACCUGUCUUACGUAGGCUUGGGUUUUGUAUGGCCUUUAGAAUGCCGGGGUGGAGAAUGCAGACAUGUUCUUUCUUUCCCCUGUAGUUAGGCCCUGCUAGAUCUGAGCAGCUUGUUUCUCAUCCCAUCACCUUUUCGGGUGUCACUCGGCAACAGUUCUCCCAACCCCCUUUCCCCAUCCCCAGUAAGAGAGAAAGUAUGGUAGGAUUUGUGUGGCUUUUUAUAACUCAUUGAGGAGAAGUCAGUAAAAGAGGGAAGUGAAGAGAAGAUGCCUGGGAUAAUGCUCCCAUAAAAGCAUGUAUUAUCUAUGACUGCUGAGACAGAGGACCCUCCAUGAUGUGGAAACCCUUGGAAGGUCUGUGAAGACCCAGGGCUGAGAGUCUCUUUGUGUUCCAUGGGGAUCCACUUAGAAACUUGGACCUUAAAGUCACUGGCACAUAAGCAGAUGGUGAUGGAGUUAGCGAGAGCAUAUGCCCCACAAAGGUACAAAAUAGUUUGAGGUGUCCUGCUUUCUGUGACUGAAAGAGACGUCAUCAUGUCUUUGCAUUAAGGUACUCCCGUGACACAGUGUACUCCAUAUGCGUGAUUUAUCUGUUUCCGAAUCCAAACACACACACACACACACACACACACACACACACAGACACACACAGUGGGAGGCUUGGGGGUGAGAUUCCCCACAGCAAGCAAAAUAACUAACUUGGAAUUACAGCAUGAUCACCAUGGUAUUUUUUAACCAAAGCAGUUUAGAGUCAUUAACCAUAAGUGCCCAAGUGACAAGUAUCGAUUCUUAUUGUCCCCAGCUUACAACUGUUGCUUUGUAGCUAUAGAAUAUUUUUAUGUGAAUAUCUCUGUAAUCUGAAAUUUUAACUCAAC